ACAACAAGAAGUAUCGGAAGAAAAUGGCGGCUCUGAGAGUGCUUUUUGCCGUUGCCCUUGUGGGCUUCUUCGGGCCGGCCCUUACUCAAGACGCUGAAAGUGGGGCGGCGUCUUUGGUGCGAGAACCACGCGGGCAUAAGAAGAGGUUAUGUAGAAAAUAUGGGAUUUGUGGACAGCAGGGUUUCGGAGGGCACCAAGGGUUCCAGCAAGGGUUUCAACAGGGCUAUCCACCGGCGAUUAAUAUUGGUAUCAGCCAGUCUCAGUCCUCAGCGAGCGCUGGAGGGGGUGGUUACAGUAAUGGGUACUAUCCUAACAAUCAUCAAUACAAUGGUCAUCAGCCGGGAUACGGUGGAUACCAGGGGGGAUACGGAGGUUAUGGAGGCUACGGAGGUUUCGGAGGUCCUCAAGGAUUCGGAAGACCAGGCUUCAAUAACGGACAAGGCGGUUUUAACAACCAGUUCAAUGGGAACUACUAUGGGCCAGGAGCCGGCAAUGGGUUCGGAUUCCCUGGACAGGGGGGGUACUACGACGAGGCUCACGAUGAGGGUCACAUGAUGAAGGUCUGAGUCCGCAGGAGCAGAAUGACCAGGCGCUCUUUGGUGAUGAUCACGGCCGCCCAGGUGGUCCUCAUGGUCGACCAGAUGGCCCUCAUGGACAAGAACAUGAUUAUGCUGUUUCCGGUUCCUUUGCCUUUGCUGGUCGUAAAAAUAAUUAAGUAGUCAAAUUAUUUUGUUAAAUAUUUAUUGUUAAGAAAAGUUAUUAAGCGCCCAUCUGUGAUAAUGAUAAGAUAAACGAUUUACCAUGACAUGAUAAUCGAUGACGACGAUAAAAUAAAAAUAAAUCGUAUAACUAAGA